AUGAUACUUUGCAAAAUCAUGAUACUUAGUAUUCCACCUCCUAUUCCGGCUGCAUUUGCAAGAGCGCUAAUGAUUGCUAUCAAUACAAAGCCUACGAAAUCAUUUAUUCCGAUCGGCAAAAUACCUUUGUGGAUGCAUUGAUUGGAUAUGCAAAAAUUUAGGUAUUCACAAUCUGAGGUGCCUUUACAGUCAUCUAUCGCGUAA